UCCGCCCCCGGCUUUAGGAUCAGCGCCGCCGUUUGGGAUCGCCCCCCGCUUUAGGGAUCGGCCCCAGGUCCCCGCGGCCAUGACGCCGUACCGGCAGGAGCUGGAGAAAUACCGCGACAUCGACGAGGACAAAAUCCUGCAGGAGCUGUCCCCGGAGGAGCUGGCCCAGCUGGACGCCGAGCUGGCCGAGAUGGACCCCGAGAACGUGCUGCUGCCGGCGGGGCUGCGACAGCGGGACCAGACCCAGAAGAGCCCAACGGGACCCCUGGACAGGGACGCGCUGCUGCAGCACCUGGAGAGGCAGGCGCUGGAGGCCGAGGAGCGCCAGGACCUCGUGCCCUUCACCGGCGAGAAAAAAGGUCUGGGGACACCUGGGGACACCUGGGGACAACCGGGCCCCCGGGCUCGGGUAUAUUUAGCUCGGCCUCGCCAGCGGCUCGGGUGUCCUGGGCGAGCUGGGCCCCCGCCAGCCCCGGGCACGGCCACCAGCCCUGGCAGUGUACCCUGGGGAUGGUCACAGCCCCUGGCAGUGUCACCCCCCCGCAGUGCCAGCCUCAACAUCCCCAUGUCCCUGUCCCCAGGGAAGCCGUUUGUCCCCUGUCCCUGUCCCCAUGUCCCUGUCCCCAUGUCCCUGUCCCUGUCCCCAGGGAAGCCGUUUGUCCCCAAGGCGGUGGCGCCGGAGCUGCCGCGGGAGGAGCAGGUGACGCUGGAGCCGGAGCUGGAGGAGGCGCUGGCCAACGCCACCGAGGCCGAGAUGUGCGACAUCGCCGCCAUCCUGGGCAUGUACACGCUGAUGAGUAACAAGCAGUACUACGAUGCCAUCUGCAGCGGGAACAUCUCCAACACCGAGGGCAUCAACAGCGUGGUGCAGCCGGACCGGUACCGCCCGGUGCCGGACGAGCCCCCGAACCCCACGGACGUGGCCGAGACGCUGCAGCGGCUGCAGGACAACGACCCCGAGCUGCAGGACGUCAACCUCAACAACAUCAAGGACAUCCCUGUCCCCACGCUCGAGGCCAUCUGCCAGGCCAUCAAGACCAACACCCACGUGCGCAGCCUCAGCCUGGUGGCCACACGCAGCAACGACCUGGUGGCCAACGCCGUGGCCGAGAUGCUGGAGCAGAACCGGAGCCUCCAGAGCCUCAACCUCGAGUCCAAUUUCAUCAGCAGCGCGGGGAUGCUGCGGCUGCUGGCGGCCAUGGGGCACAACCAGAGCCUGAGCGAGCUGAGAGUGGACAACCAGAGCCAGCGCCUUGGGGACACGGUGGAGAUGGCCAUGGCAGCCACGCUGGAGCAGUGCCCGUCCCUGCUGCGCCUCGGUUACACCUUCACCCUGCAGGGCCCGCGGGCGCGCGCCGCCGCCGCCCUCACCCGCAACAACGAGCUCCGUCGCCAACAGAAGAAAUCCUAAAAAUUCUCCCGAGCUCAGGAAUGAACUGGGAAUGAACUAGGAAUAAACUGGGAAUGAACUGGGAAUA